UCAACAUUAUUCCAUUGAAUCCUGACUGGAUCACACCAAUUACUAUACGCUUCCUUUCUCUGUUGUCGAGAAUGAAGAAUGACGCAUUCGAAGAUGAAAACGAACAGCAACAAACCUUCGAACCCUUUGAUUGCUGUGUUUGUCUGGAUCUAUUAUACAAGCCUAUUGUGCUAUCUUGUGGUCACAUAUCCUGUUUCUGGUGUGUCCACAAAUCAAUGAGUGGUUUGCAUGAGUCCCAUUGCCCAAUUUGUAGGCAUCCGUACUAUCACUUUCCAACUAUCUGUCAAAUGCUUCACUUUUUGCUUCUUAAGAUCUAUCCUGAUGCUUACAGGAGGAGAGAAAACCAGACACUUGAGGAAGAAGAGAAAAUGGGCUGCUUCUCUCCUCAAUUUGAUGCUUAUACAUGUGGAUCAAAAGUUGCUUUUGAUCACCUUGGGAGAUCACCGUGCUGCACUAUUAAAAGUCCAGUUUCCAACUCAUGCAACCUAGAAUCCUUUGAAUGUAUGGAGCAAUCAGGGUCUACUACAACACAUAAAAGAGAUGAAUGUACAGCCGUAUAUCCUGUGCAUGCUUCUACCAGAAUACCUGAAGUUGUUGGGACUCCUGAUGAAGGAAAAAAACUACCUCAGAAUGAGCACAAUCAGCAACAGAAAAUAUUAAUUGCAGAUGUUACAUGUACAAUGUGCAAUCAGCUUCUCUUUCAUCCUGUUGUUCUUAAUUGUGGUCACGUUUGCUGUGAGACUUGUUUGAUCAACAUAGCUGAAGUGAUCCUUAAAUGCCAAGUUUGUAAAAGUCCACAUCCAAGAGGUUCACCAAAAGUUUGUUUGGCACUUGAUCACUUUUUGGAGGAGCAAUUUCCAGAUGAAUAUGCACAGCGAAGGAAUGCAAUGCAACUUAACCGAAUCAAAGUUGAACUUGAGACCACAUCUUGUUCAUUGCAUAAUAAUCAACAAGAAAAGAUGGCAUGGCGGUCUGACUCCAGAUUGAAAAUUCAUAUUGGAGUUGGUUGUGAUUUUUGUGGGAUGUAUCCAAUAAUGGGGGAUAGAUAUAGAUGCCUUGACUGCAAGGAGGAGAUUGGUUUUGAUAUCUGCAAUGAUUGCUAUAAGAAUCCCCCAAAGCGUCCUGGUCGAUUUAAUCAGCAGCACACCCCUGAACACAAGUUCGAGCUUAUACGACCAAAUUUGAUAGUUAGGGAACAGUUGAUUGAUCAAGAGCGGCCAGAAAAUUUUGUAAACAGAGCCGAUGAUUCUGCUUUGUCAGAUGAUGAAGAUGACCAAAAUGACUCUGAAGCCACCAAUUGAAAAACUGAAAUUUCAAAGUCCCAUUAUCUUUAUGGGGUUACUUCAUGGUAACAUGACAGGAUCCAAUGAUUCUUGUGAGUUUGCAAUCCAGAUGAGUUGGGAAUUCUCAAAUCCUCGAGGCCCAAGUGAAUUUUAUAACUCAGGCAAAUGGGUAUUUAUUUUGAUAUCCAAAUUGUAACUGAACUAGUGGGUAGACCAUGCAAUGCAUGGACAAUAGAAUUCUAUUAAUGUUUGAUUUACUUGAAAAUAUUUAUAAUUUAUAAAUAUUAAAUAAAUUAUUUAAAUAUCUA